ACGGAAGGAAAUACCGUGGAAUCCGUUGAUCGGCGGCUGCGCGACUACCGACGAUCGCCGGUCGUCGAUGACGACUUCUCCGUCUGCUGCAUAGUUCGCUGCGGACGCUUAUUGUUCUCUACGACUGUUCGACGAUCGCGGAUAUCCGUUGAGCGUCACCGAGUCACCGUCCGAUCGAUCGUCAGUCCCGAACGAUUUUGCGUUUCGUUUCACGUCGUCGACACGAGAAUAUUAAUUCGUCAGAAAUCGCACCGACGACCGGCUUGCAGUGCAGUCCACACCGGAGUCCCCGGCUACGCGUUAUACCUAAGGAUGUGAAUGAAUUGAAGAAAGCUCCCUCCUUGUACCUUGUAGUUGCAAACAUUUUAACUGUGUUCAGCUGCUUGUUACAAAAUUAUACAAUGUGAUGUGGAAAUCAAUUUGAUUUUAAGCUAGCCGAUAAAUAACAAUAAUUCAAAAGUAAGGUUGAUAUACCAAGUAUUUUAAAAAAAUCUGGACAUUUGGAAACUAAAAUUUGACUAUGUUUGCCUUAUCAAAACUAGCAUAUUUUGAAAGUAACGAAUUGCAAAAGUAUUGGUAUAAUACUACACCAAAUAAUGUAAUUAAAAUUGUUAUCCAUCCUUGUUGCGUAACUUUAAUACUAUACUUAAAAGGACAAAAAAAAAAUCAAUGUAAGUUGGAUACUAACGUAUGUUCUAUAGCUGCUGAUGUUGGGCAUUUAGAUUGUUUAGAAAUGGCUCACAGAUUAGGUUUUUCAUGGGAUAAAGAUGUUUGUAUGAAAGCUGCAAAAAAUGGUGAUUUAGAUUGUCUAAAAUUUGCCCAUAAUAAUGGUUGUCCGUGGGAUAGAAGCAUAUGUUAUACUGCUGCAAAACAUGGCCAAUUGGAAUGCUUAAAAUAUGCUCAUGAGAAUAAAUGCCCAUGGGACAAAUAUACAUCCAACUGGGCUGCAAAUUCUGGACAUUUUGACUGUUUGGAAUACGCAUUCAUAAAUGGAUGUCCCUGGGAUGAAAGAACAUGCAUGUUGGCUGCUCAUAAUGGACAUCUUGACUGUCUGAAAUUCGCUCAUGAAAAUGGGUGUCCAUGGGCUGAAGAUACUUGCAAAUGGGCUGCAAGUAGUGGAGAGUUGCAGUGUUUAAUGUAUGCUCAUAGUAAUGGUUGUCCGUGGACUAUUGAAACAUGUACCAAAGCUGCAAUAAAAGGCAAUAUAGAAUGCUUAAAGUAUGCUCAUGAAAACGGGUGUGAAUGGGACAAAAAAACAUGCAGCGUGGCUGCCACUAAUGGACAUUUGAAUAUUUUGAUGUAUGCCCAUGAAAAUGGUUGUCCGUGGGAUGAAUGUACUACUUUUUGUGCUGCUGAAAGUGGAAAUUUAGAUUGUUUAAUUUAUGCUUUUACCCAUGGAUGUGGGGUUGAUGAUAAAACGGCUCAUGCCGCCGGUAGAAAUGGAAAUUUGGAUUGUUUAAAGUAUUUGCAUGAAAAUAAAUGUGGUUGGGAUUCAUUUUUAACAUAUGGCUCUGCAAAAUUUGGACAUUUAGAUUGCCUCCGUUAUGCCCACGAAAAUGGUUGUCCAUGGCAUAUAGAUGCAUGUUAUAUGGCAGCAGUGAAUGGACACUAUGAUUGCUUAAGAUACGCUCGAAAAAAUGGUUGUCCAUGGGAUGAAAAAACACGUCGAUGGGCUAUCAAUCAAGGACAAUUUGAGGACUGUUUAUAAUUAAUUUAUGAAAAACAGAUGGAUUAUUGUAAUUAUAUAAGUAUUAUUUUAUCAAUUUGCUGAAAUCUUUUCAGGAAUAGUACAUAAUUUUAAUUAAUACUGUAAAAAAUGCUUAGUAAGGUUUUGAUUUAUUAUAUUAUUUAAUAUUUCUUUUGAAUUUAAAUUAAUAUAAAAAUUCUGAAUUAAGUUGGUUUGAAUUGUGUUUUAUUGUUUUUUUUUUUUUUUUUUUUUUUUUUAUUAUUUAGUUAGAUAAUUAAAUUAACAGAAUUUCACUUAAUCCAAAAUAAAAACUUAAACUAAUUAUAAUUUAUAAAAAUGUAUUGUAAUAAGUAAAGUGUUAAUUCAAGUAUAUUUAGUAUUGUUUUACUGUAAGAAUUUAAAAAAAAGGUUUGAUAAAACAUCAAUCAUUUUGAAGAGUAACAAAUUAAAUGCACAGUAUUAUUUAUUAAGGGAGGGAAUAUUAAAAAAAAAACUUAAGUAAGUUAAAAGUGCUAUUUUCAAUUGACAUUACAUAAAGUUUUAUUAAUUUGGGCAUUUUCUAUAAUAAGUAUAAAUAAUAUAUUUAUGCAUGAUACAAAAAUUUCCAAGUUUUCUUUAUUAUGUAUUAGUAAAUAAUAAAUCAAUAAUAAGUUAAAUCAUUUUUGACUUUGGAAUAAAAUAUAUAAUUAGGUAUAUUAAAAUAUUAUAUUCACAUGACUUAAUUUUAGGCUUAGUAAGACAUUAUGCAUGCAUGUGUUCUUAUUCGUUUUACAAUUCUAUAAUAUAAUACAGCGGUUUUCAAACUGUGGUACGUGUACCAUUAGUAGUAUGCGAAAGACUAAAUCAGUAGUCAUCAACCGGGGUGAAAUGAACCCAGCUCAGGGGUGACAAGAUAAAUCAAAGAGAAAAGGAAAAUAAAUUUAAAAAUAAAUAAAUUUUUGCCAAAAAAUUCUAUUAUUAUAUUCAUAUUAAUAUCAAUAUUUUGAAUGUUGUUUUCUGUGUACUGUAUUUUUUUUUUUUUUUUUUAAUAAUAGAAUAAUUUUUAAAUAUAAACCUAAGAUUGUUUAUUAUUUUGAUGUUAGGGUGGCUAGUAUUUGAUUCUAGGGGUCAAAGGUGACAUGAAUAAAAAAAGGUUGAGAAUUACUGGACAACAUGGUGGUAUGCGGAAGGCUGCAUGGUGUAGAACGAAAAAUUAAAAAUAGUGUAGUGUGACUAAUUAAUAAUAAACACUUAAGUGGUACGCAAAAAAAAAAAAGUUUGAGAACCGCUAAUAUAAUUCAUUGUGUUUCCUAAAAUAUUAAUUUAAAUACUGUAUACUUAAUGUUACAGAUUAUUAAUGUACUUAUUAUUAAAUUUAGAUUUAAAUAUAACAUUAUUAUUUAGUGAAUCUCUUAGGUUUUUUUUAUUUUAAUUUUAAAGAAAACUUAAACAGUAAUUGUAAAUUUCAAUAUUGUUUAUGAGUUUUAAAAUGUUUAUAAUUACUUUUCCUUUUAAGCAAGUUAAGUUAGAAUUAAAUAUUAAUCUAUAACCUUUGUAUUUUAUUUUGAAAAACUAAAAAGAAAACCUAUAAAAUCAUAAGUUAAUUCAUUCCAUGCAUUGUAUAUUUAUAUACCAUGUAAAAUUAUAAUAAAUAAUAAUUACUUAAACUCAGUCUUUUAAAUUGUUCUAAUCUACAUUACAGCUGAUUUAUAAUUCCCUUCUGUAACAAAUAUUUAUUACUGAUUUUUUUUUUAAAUAUUGUUAAAUACUGACUUUUACUCAGUUUAUAUAUAUAUAUUUAUUAUAUUAUAUGUAAACUAUAUAUUUAUAUAUUGUUUAUGUUCUCAAAAAAUUACAAUUCACUUAAAUAUUAUAACUAAUAACACAAUACUGUAUCUGCUGAAUGCAAAUUUGGAGUGUGGUGAUGUUCUUUAGGAAUAAGUAAUAAAUAUAAAAUAUUGCCUUUCUCUUGUAUGGUGUAUCAUUGAAAAAUUAAUAACAAAUGUAGAAUAAGUACUAGGUGAUUUUCUGUUAUAUAUAUGCAAUAUUAUGCACUUAGCUAUACUGAGUUAAAUUAUACAAAUAUUUAAAUUAAAUUUUAAUGUAAUGUAAUGUACUUAUGUGAUGAUCAAAUAUCAAUACUUAGAGCUAGCAAUGAGACUAUUUCAACUUGUGUAUGUUAAUAGGCUGAAGUAUUAUUAUAAUACUUGUUAAGUAAUCAAAAUAUAUCUAACAUUGUUAAACGAUAUAUUAUAUUAUAAUAUACAUUUUUUUAUAUUAAUUGUUAUGCAGAAUACAUUUUUUAUAAUAUACAUUUUUUUAUAUUAAUUGUUAUUCAGAGUACAUUUUUAUCUACAUAUUGCA